CCGUCGUUAUGGCAGAUGAGAAGAAAUCGCAGGCAACUUCCAAGAAAGGCGCGAAGAAAAUCAUCAAGAAGGCGCCGGGGAAAAGCGGCAAGAAAAGGAGCCGACGCAGGAAAGAAAGUUACUCCAUCUACAUCUACAAAGUGAUGAAGCAGGUUCACCCCGACACCGGCAUCUCCUCUAGGGCCAUGAGCAUCAUGAACUCGUUCGUCAGCGAUAUUUUCGAGCGUAUCGCAGGGGAGGCUUCCCGCCUGGCCCAUUACAACAAGCGCAGCACCAUCAGCUCCCGGGAGAUCCAGACCGCCGUGCGGCUGUUGCUGCCCGGGGAGCUGGCCAAGCACGCCGUGUCGGAGGGUACAAAGGCGGUGACCAAGUACACCAGCUCCAAGUGAGACACCUCGCUGUGCUGAAAGCAGACACCAAUCCAAAACCCAACGGCUCUUUUAAGAGCCACCCACAAUUGCACUGAGGCAGCUGAACCGUUUUAACUUGGAUCGCCGAUGCUGGAGAAUCUGAGACAACCAGGUGUGGGCCUGGGUGAACACAGCAAGCCAAGCAGCAUCAGAGGAGCAGGAAUGUUGACGUUUCGGGGCGAAGGUUAUGUGAGUUUUUCCUAAAUAUUUCAGGUGCACUUGCAAUAUGAAAAUGAAUUAAAUUCUAUGAAAAAUUAAAUUAUUCAUUCCUCUUUGUAAAACGUCAUUUUCCUAAUUCGGACAUGUUGGAGGGUUUUGUCCCUGUGGGUAAUGAGCCCUAAAUUUCUCCCGUGGUAACGAAAGCAAAUGACCCCGUAUUUGAGACCAACGAAGAGUAGUAUCGUGCGAGAUAAUAAAAUGAAGUUGGAUGAACACAG